GUCCAUCGAACGUUAACGAUAUCACUAGUGUCCGAUGUUCGUUCAUGAUGGACCGUUCGAUGACGCCGUCAAUCGAACAAGCGUCCGCCAUUGAAGCUUCGUCGACCGCUUAAAACCUCCCCUUCCCUUUCUCGCUUUCCAGCUCCCUUAACAUCCUCCCUCUGCCUGCAGAAACCUCCAAAUCUUCAGUUUAGAAGUGCAAAUUGAGCUUUGAUUUUGAUUUCUUCGGUGGAUUUGUAAGUUUCCAUUCUUUCUGGCUGGGAAAGAUUCGAUUUUUAGGGCAUCAAUUCCAGAUCGGUUUGUCUUUGGGCUCAAACCUGGAUCUUCUGUAAGGAUCUUCUUCCUUCGUUGUUGCUGCGGUGGAAUUCCUGUUAGUGGAUACUGCGUCCAGGAGCAUGGAGAGGUCGUCGCCGCAAUGGUGCCACCGCUGCUGUCGCUUCAUCUCCGUUUGGCAGGACGCUGGCGUCUGCCCGGACUGCGGCGGCGGUUUUGUGGAUGUGCCUAGCCUAUUUCACUCGUCCUCUUUGACUGCCGACGAGAUUCGUCGAGGACGGGCCCCCUCCGCCGUGGUCGACUCUGCCGCCGCCGACGGGCGGCCUAGCCGGCCCUCAGAGAUUAGGUUCCGUAGUAACAGCCGCCCGUCCACUAGCGACCGUUCUCCCUUCAACCCCGUCAUCGUCCUCCCAGGUCCUCGUGAAGGCGCACGAACCGAUACGGAUCGGGCCACCACCAACAGCUUCGAACUAUACUACUACGAAGGUACAGGAUUGGACCUCCGUCCCUUGCCGGAAAGCAUGUCUAAUUUCUUGAUGAGCUCUGGGUUUGAGAGGAUUCUCGAUCACCUUACUCGGAUUGAGACCAAUGAAAUAGGCAGCAGGUAUGGGUUUGAUCACCCGCCUGCUUCAAAGGCUGCCAUCGAGUCUAUGCCCAUGGUCGAAAUUGCUGACCGUCAUGUUGCCCUGGAAUUCUAUUGCGCCGUCUGCAAAGACCCUUUCGAGCUUGGAGCUGAGGCGCGCGAAAUGCCCUGCAAGCAUAUCUACCAUCACGAUUGCAUCUUGCCUUGGCUCUCGCUGAGAAAUUCCUGUCCUGUUUGCCGACAGGAAAUGCCAACGGAUGUGCAGCAACCAGAUGGGGACGAAGAUGCUUCCAUGGCUGGGAACGAGGACGAGAUGGUUGGGCUUACCAUAUGGAGACUUCCGGGAGGUGGGUUUGCUGUAGGAAGAUUCACAGGUGACAGGAGAGCUGCUGAAAGGGAGUUUCCAACCGUUUACACAGAGAUGGAUGGCAGAUUCAAUACUAAUGGGGCACCAAGAAGGAUAGCAUGGCCCACGAGAGAGAACCGGUCACAUCAUCGUGGAGGAAUUGGUCGGACCCUCCGCAAUAUGUUUUCAUUCUUCAGGCGUUUGAGGAGAUCUUCCAUUUUCAAUAGGAGAUCAAGAAGACGUAGUUCAAGUUGGGCAUCAAAUGAUGGAACUGUCAAUGCAGCAAGAUGGUAAUUAUGUGAACUAAUUUAGGAAGAUGAACCUUUUCUCCAGUUUGGUGCUUCUACAAAACUGCAGUAGUAAUCCUGCAAGAAGAAUGGAAAAUGUUUGUACAACAUAUGGCUAGCUGAUGGUUUGCUCACUACAUGUAGUUCCACUGUGAAUAGGAACAACCUAAAAAAAUGUAGCAUCUUCUAUUAUCUAUCCCCAAUCACACUUCACAGCCUCUAUUGCUCUUAUAGUCACAAAAGAGGCUUUGUAUUGUUUUAGGUUAGCCAUUCAAUAUUAUCUACUUGUAUGUGUUCACUUUAGAAGAGAAAAAAAUUCCAUAUAUGCAUUUGUUUUAUUUGUUCCAAAAUGGAAUUGUGGUCUACAUGGAAACUACUAUCAUCAGUGUUUAUCUCAUGUUUUUGAUCUGAGAACCAUGACUUGUAGUAUAUCAUGUUAAUAGAUAAUUGGUAGAGAUCAAAUCCCGGCGAGCGCAUGCACUCAGGGAAACUUCUCCCACCCUCUAGUCACUUAGCGGUUAGCUAUAAGCUGACCUUAUGAAUUUACCUCCCUUCACAUAAGGACAAGUUGUGAGGGACGUCUGAGUGUAAUCACCUUUUGCUACAAUGUUAAUAGCUAAUUUCUUUGUUUUUUCUGGUUUCAGUUGAUUCUAACAUCAUAUGGAUUGUAGAAACAAUGCUAUUCUACACAUAAAAUUGGUUUAGUCAGUGGUGUAAAGCUGAAUUCGUUCCUUAUCUUUUAAGACGCUCUUAUCUGGUGAAUGAUUGGCAUAAUUUAGCUUUCCAAAUUUAUAGCCAUGACCUCAGAACUAAGAUUCAUCUACUUGAUUUAGGAUUUUGUGUUCAAGAAAUAAUAGCCAACUGUGGAACGUCUUAACCAUCCAUAAUGUAUCUAUUGCAUUGAUAAUAACUGAUUUCUGUUUUCAUCUCCUGAUGAACCUUUUAGCAUUGUUAGCAAAAGAUGAAGUUCCCCUAUUUGAAGAAACCUUAUUAUCUUGUUGUGUUUCAGUUUUUAAAUCUUAAUCCUAGUUAUCAAAGCUUCAAGCUUGGCAUGCCAUGUCAUUUUAACUUUACAGGUGAUAUUUGUAUUUCAUGUCAUGUCCUGAGAUUGCAUCGCACAAUUUCUUCUUCUAUAAUUUGUCUUUUACUUGUGUUUGAAUUUUAUAAUGUGUAAUUCAAGAUGUUAACUAUUUUACCUUGAAUUCGUCGUUAUUGUAGGUUGCUGAGUCACACUAAAAGGUUCAUAGUUCCAUUUUUCUUGUCAUAUUCUGUAACUUAUUGUCAAUCAAUUGUAUAAACACAAAUCUAUCAGCCUAUGAUUUUUUGUUCUUGUCUUGGUUGAGAUUUUCUCUGGCAUGCUAUGGAAUCUACCUAAUGGUACAUUCUCAUCAGCCAUUGGCCUUUGCUU